AUGGCGUCUUGGCUGGCAAGUGCAAGAAAAAUGGUGUAUGGGCUGACAGACUCGCAGGACUUUGUCCGGGAGGCGACAAACAACGAACAGUGGGGACCAACAUCGAAACAACAUCAGCAGAUAGUGCAGUACACAUAUCAUUACGAAGAGUGCCGACAAGUGAUGGAAUAUUUGUAUAAGAGACUGAAUGAAGAUGGGAAAAAUUGGAGAGAGAUCUAUAAGAGCUUAUUAGUGUUAGACAAUGUACUUAAAAAUGGGUCUGAAGAAGCUGUUGAAAUAGCACUGUCUCAUAUAGUCGAUGUCAAGACUUUACAAAGCUUCCAGAAAAUCGACGAAGAUGGGAAGGAUGUUGGCAUUAAUGUGAGAGAACGAGCUAAGAUCAUUUGUGAGAUGUUGAACGAUAAAGAAUUUUUGAAACAAGAAAGAGCUACUGCAAAGACCCAAAAACGGGAUUAUAGUGGUGUAGGGAAUUGUGGUGGGUUUGGUAACACAUCAUCAUAUUCCGAUAAUAGUUAUGGUAAUUCUAAUACACUCAGAUUCAAUGAUAUGUCCCCAGUCGUUUCAGACUCUUUCCAACAAAAACCAGAUAGUUACCAUGACAAUGAACCUAUCGACUAUGGAAAACCAGGCUCUUAUAAGGAUAACGCUCCUCAACAAACUACUUCUUCUCAACAACCCCCUCAAAGUCAAUCCCCAAAAUUCCAAUUCGAACAACCAAAACAAGAACAACCAAAAACAGAAAAUUUGUUGGACUUUGGUACUCCAGCUCCGAAACAACAACAACAAAAACCUUUGGAAACAGGAAACAAUCUCUUCGACUUGAUGGGACAACAAAAACCUCAACAACAAACAGUACAACAACAAAAAAGCACAGCAAGCUUUUGGGACCAACCUACUCAACAACAAAAAAGCAACGACUUGUUCGACUUCGCCGCACCGACUAAACAACAAAAACCUCAACAACAACAAGACUUCUUUAGCACUUUGUACACUCAACCGACUCAACAACAAUACCAACAACCAGUCCAACAAAGACAACAACAAAACACAACCGAUUUAUUCAGUGGAAUGACUGUACAACCAACAGUUCAACAACCACAACAACAACAAACUCAGAACUUCGAGUUCGGUGACUUCAACUCGGCUCAAGACCCAAAAAAGAACGACUGGAGAUCGAAAAUCUCAGUGGACUCAAUCGAAGACAAAAGAAAACAACCCGCAGCCAGACCACAACAAAGAACAACACUUGGUGGUACUUUCCUUUAA